AUGGCUACCAAGAUCGAUGGCACGGCGAUUGCCAAGAGCAUUCGUGGGGAAUUGAAGGCUGAGAUUGAAAAGAUCCAAGAGUCCAACCCUAGAUUCAAGCCUAAUCUGGUUAUCUUCCAGGUUGGCGAUAGAUCCGAUUCGAGCACUUAUGUGCGCAUGAAGUUGAAGGCUGCUCAAGAGGCAAAUAUCAUCUGUACCAUCGUCAAGGUCCCCGAGUCUAUCACGCAGCCAGAAAUCCUCCAGGAGAUCACCAAGGCCAACAAUGAUCCCGCUGUGCAUGGCAUUCUAGUUCAAUUACCCCUCCCUCAGCACCUUUCCGAGCAUACUAUUACUUCUGCCGUCGCUGACGAGAAAGAUGUCGACGGAUUCGGUGCCAUCAACAUUGGAGAAUUGGCAAAGAGGGGUGGUAACCCCCUCUUUGUUCCCUGCACGCCCCAGGCUGUGAUGGAACUCCUGAGAGUGAGCGGAGUUGACCCGGCGGGCAAGGAGGCAGUAGUGCUUGGCCGCAGUGACAUCGUCGGUAGCCCUGUCAGCUACCUGCUGAAAAAUGCCCACGCAACUGUCACUCUGUGCCAUUCCAAAUCUCCGGAUAUCGCUCGUGUUGUGAAGACUGCCGACAUUGUCGUUGCAGCGAUUGGUCAGACGGAGUUUGUCAAGGGCGACUGGUUGAAGCCUGGUGCCGUCGUCAUCGACGUUGGUAUUAACUACAAACCCGACGCAACGAAGAAAUCUGGCGAGCGACUUGUGGGUGAUGUCGAGUAUGAGUCUGCUGCUCAGGUCGCUUCCCAGAUUACACCCGUCCCUGGCGGUGUUGGUCCUAUGACUGUGGCCAUGCUGAUGAAGAACGUGGUCAACUCGGCCAAGGCCUACUUUGAAAAGCAGAAGGACCGACACAUUACAGCUUUGCCCCUCAAGUUGGUCCAACCCGUUCCCUCAGACAUUGCCAUUUCCCGUGCGCAGUAUCCCAAAGCUAUCUCCCAGGUUGCCUCGGAGGUCGGUAUUGCCCCGCAUGAACUAGAGCCCUACGGCCACACCAAGGCCAAGAUUAGCCUCGGUGUCAUGGACAGACUGGCUCAUCGCCGCGAUGGAAAAUAUAUUCUGGUCUGUGGUAUUACCCCGACUCCUCUUGGAGAAGGCAAGUCGACAACCACCCUGGGUCUUACUCAAGCCCUUGGCGCACACUUGAACAGAGUCACUUUUGCCAACGUCCGACAGCCGAGUCAGGGUCCUACAUUCGGAAUCAAGGGCGGUGCUGCUGGUGGAGGGUACAGUCAGGUCAUUCCUAUGGAUGAGUUUAACUUGCAUUUGACUGGUGAUAUUCAUGCGAUUACUGCUGCCAAUAACUUGCUCGCCGCAGCAAUUGAAACCCGCAUGUUCCAUGAAUCUACACAGAAGGAUGGUGCUCUCUACAAGCGGUUGGUCCCUGUUAAGAAGGGGGAGCGUGAGUUCAAGCCCAUUAUGUUCAAGAGACUGAACAAGCUCGGCAUUACGAAGACCAACCCCGACGAUCUCGAUGCGGACGAAAUCCGCCGGUUUGCGCGUCUCGAUAUCGACCCCGAAACCAUCACAUGGCGCCGUGUUUUGGAUGUCAAUGACAGACAUCUCCGGGGUAUCACAGUGGGACAAGCCCCGACCGAAAAGGGCCUCUCCCGCGAGACAGGCUUUGAUAUUUCUGUCGCCAGUGAGUGUAUGGCCAUUCUAGCCUUGAGCAGCAGUCUCGCCGACAUGCGCGAGAGACUGGGUCGUAUGGUCGUUGCUACCUCGAGGAGCGGCGAACCAGUGACCUGCGAUGACAUUGGCGCUGGUGGAGCCCUUGCUGCGCUCAUGAAGGAUGCCAUCAAGCCUAACUUGAUGCAGAGUUUGGAAGGAACUCCUGUGCUGGUGCACGCUGGUCCGUUUGCCAACAUCAGUAUUGGAGCCAGUUCGGUGAUCGCAGACAAGCUCGCCCUGAAGCUUGCGGGUACGGAGCUUGACGAAGACCACGAGGCCAAGACAGGUUUUGUGGUGACCGAGGCUGGUUUCGACUUCACAAUGGGCGGUGAGCGCUUCUUCAACAUUAAGUGCCGGUCGUCUGGUCUUUCUCCAGACACGGUGGUUAUUGUGGCUACGGUUCGUGCCUUGAAGGUCCACGGUGGUGGUCCCGAGAUCAGCCCCGGAGCUGCAUUGCACGAAGUCUACCGUACAGAGAACACAGAGAUCCUCCGUAAGGGUUGCGUGAACAUGAAGAAGCACAUUGAGAACGCUAAGCAGUAUGGUGUCCCUGUGGUUGUGGCCAUCAACCGCUUCGAGACCGACACUGAGGCUGAAAUCGCUAUCAUUCGCGAGGAGGCCAUCGCGGCGGGAGCGGAGGAUGCCAUUCCCGCCAACCACUGGGCUGAGGGUGGUGCCGGAGCUGUUGAGUUGGCCAAGGGAGUCUUGGCAGCCAGCUCUCAGCCUAAGGACUUCAAAUUCCUGUACGAGUUGGAUGGCAGUAUCCAGGAGCGCAUCGAGCGCAUCGGAAAGGCCAUGUAUGGUGCGGAUAAGGUUGAAUUCAGCGAAUUGGCGCAGAAGAAGGUCGACACCUACACGCAGCAAGGGUUUGGCAAUCUCCCAAUUUGCAUUGCCAAGACCCAGUACUCGCUCAGUCAUGACGCAGCCUUGAAGGGAGCACCGACCGGUUUCACCGUUCCUAUUCGGGACGUUAGAUUGGCCGUUGGGGGUGGCUACCUCUAUGCACUUGCGGCGGAUAUCCAAACGAUUCCGGGCUUGCCCACAGCUCCGGGCUAUCUGAACGUCGACAUUGACCCCGAGACCGGAGAGAUCGAUGGAUUGUUCUAA